AUGAGUGGGGUGCGGGGGACCGGGGAGCCUCGGUGCCAGGCGGCGCUCGCGGUCCUGGCCUCUCUGUGCCGGGCCCGGCCGCCCCCUCUCGGGCUGGACGUGGAGACUUGUCGAAGCUUCGAGCUAGAGCCCCCAGAGCGGAGUCCGAGCGCUGCCGACUCAGGCACCUCUGUCAGCCUCCUCGCAGUGGUAGUUAUUGUGUGUGGCGUGGCCCUGGUGGCAGUUUUUCUCUUUCUCUUUUGGAAGCUGUGCUGGAUGCCCUGGAGGAACAAGGAGGCCUCCAGCCCCUCCUCUGCUAACCCCUCCCCGGAGGCCCUCCAGAGCCCCAGCUCCAGAGGCAACAUGGCGGACAAGCUCAAGGACCCCCACACCCUGGGCUUCCUAGAGGCGGCUGUGAAGAUCAGCCACACGUCCCCAGAUAUCCCGGCCGAGGUGCAGAUGUCCGUCAAAGAGCACAUCAAGCGUCACACACGGCUGCAGCGACAGACCACAGAGCCAGCGUCGUCCACCAGGCACACGUCCUUCAAGCGCCACCUGCCACGGCAGAUGCACGUUUCCAGCGUGGACUACGGCAACGAGCUGCCCCCAGCGGCGGAGCAGCCCACCAGCAUUGGCCGCAUCAAGCCCGAACUGUAUAAGCAGAAGUCGGUGGAUGGAGACGAUGCCAAAUCCGAGGCCAAGAGCUGCGGGAAAAUCAACUUCAGCCUGCGCUACGACUACGAGAACGAGACCCUGAUUGUGCGCAUCCUGAAGGCCUUCGACCUCCCAGCCAAGGACUUUUGCGGCAGCUCCGACCCUUACGUCAAGAUCUACCUCCUGCCCGACCGCAAGUGCAAGCUGCAGACCCGGGUGCACCGCAAAACCCUGAACCCCACCUUCGACGAGAAUUUCCACUUCCCAGUGCCCUACGAGGAGCUGGCCGACCGCAAGCUGCAUCUCAGCGUCUUUGACUUUGACCGCUUCUCCCGCCACGACAUGAUCGGGGAGGUGAUCCUGGACAACCUCUUUGAGGCCUCCGACCUGUCCCGGGAAACCUCCAUCUGGAAGGACAUCCAGUACGCCACAAGUGAAAGUGUGGAUUUGGGCGAGAUCAUGUUCUCCCUCUGCUACCUGCCCACAGCAGGCAGGCUCACCCUCACCGUGAUCAAGUGCCGGAACCUCAAGGCAAUGGACAUCACAGGCUACUCAGAUCCAUAUGUCAAAGUGUCCCUGCUCUGUGACGGGCGGAGACUGAAGAAAAAGAAAACCACCAUAAAGAAGAACACCCUCAACCCUGUCUACAACGAGGCCAUCAUCUUCGACAUUCCCCCGGAGAACAUGGACCAAGUCAGCCUGCUCAUCUCCGUUAUGGAUUAUGAUCGAGUGGGUCACAACGAGAUCAUUGGAGUCUGUCGUGUGGGGAUCAACGCCGAAGGUCUGGGAAGGGACCACUGGAACGAGAUGCUGGCGUACCCACGGAAGCCCAUCGCACACUGGCACUCCUUGGUGGAGGUAAAGAAAUCCUUCAAAGAGUGGCAAGGCCGAGCCGCCAGCUUCGACAGCGAGGGUUCGUGCCCGUCUCCGAAACCACCUCCAACACCAUGAGCUGCACGGCGGCGGCCAGGCCACACAAACGAGACUCAGCAGCGUUCUUUUUGCACUUGUUCAACCGUCCAAAUGCAGUGUUCUGCCGCAGCGGCCGCGGGGGCAGCGCGCCUCUCACUCCGGAGUCUUAGCUGCCCCUGUGUCAGUCAAGGCCGAGACACUUGUCGUAUGGUCAGAGCUGUCUUAGUCUUUUCUGUCUCCCACGGUGAUGUUUUCAUGGUUCUUUCACUUUUUAUGGAUCUGCUGUCAAGAAGAAAAGCAGAGAAAAACAAAGAGGGGAGAGCCCAGAUGUUGGUUCUAUUAAAUACAAUGUAAAAUAGUCGUCUUUGGUGGGAAGGUGGUCUGACUUUCUGAAAUUUUGUGUCUUCACCGAGCUCCAUAACCCUGGAGGAGAAGGAUGAGCAAUGGCUGCUUUGUUCAGUGGCCCGUGGGAAGUUGCAGAUCUGGCCAAGAGCCUUUAUAGAGGUGACUUAUGACUCUUAGAAGCUCUUUGCUGUUGUGACAUAAACCAAGGUUCUGACUCCUGGUCCCAUGUUGAAAUUGCGAGCACUCAGAGCUACCUGUGAGCCUGCAACUGGCUGGUCGUGCAGAGCUCCUGGCUCCCCAUCCUUGGAACUUUCCUCCUGAAUUGCACAUGACCUGAUCCCUCAUGGGAACUGAGUCGCUUUCGUUAGGAACAGUUCUGCUGAAACAAAACAUGCCAUAUGUUUUCUGGCGCGCCACAGUUAAUGACCACAUUUGUUUGAAAACAGAA